AAACACACGGUGACAAAAAUCUCAGGACGCGAUUGCCGCUUCGUACGAGAGAGUUUUUCUUUUCCUUUUUCUUUUGCUUUUGUUUUUAUUUGGAAAGCGGUUUUGACUUUGUGUGGAUUACUUUCGUGGAUUAAUUACUUGGCUCGAUGACUCGAUUUCGAUUUCCCUUGGCUGUCGGCUGUUGUAGUUGUAGAUUUCUUGGUUUCACACUAGGCUACUUGCACGGUUUUAAUUUGCUGAGGAACAGAACGCAACGACUGCUGGACUCGCUUGUCUGAUAACGACUGAAGGACUCUCGCGAAUUGCGUAGGAUUUUUAGCAACAGCCGAGCGCAGCGGGAUUCUCCUGAGCGUCGCUGCCGACGUCGCAGUCGCCGUCGCUGCUGUUGCUGUUGCUAGUGCCGUUCCCGUUGCCUUACCGCCGUCUUCCUUGCCGGCGCAGAAGCAUUACAACAGCGGAAGUGGCUAACAGAGAGAGCGAGCAGGACAACGGACCGCGGAGAGCGAGCGAGCGAGAGCGCAGAAUGCACCCCCACACGGAGUGGAGCUCUGUUAACUGCCAGCCCGCAUAACAGCCAGGGUUGUCGAGCUCGGUCACUUUUUUCCCUUUUCACUUUUGGAAUCCUUAUAAGUUUGAGAGGGGAAGUGCGAGUCAAAUGCAUUAGCAAAUCCCUAAAAAUGAAUGAAAAGUUGCCUCCACUAAUAGUCUCUUUACUUUCACCACAAAAGUGUGGUUGCAUACUUUCAGGAUCGAUUUCAGUGGGAUUUUAAAUCACUACAUGCUUACAUUUAAGGCGUAAGCAGCUUAAAAUCAACGUAUUUUAGAUUUGUUUAUUUGCACAACAUGUACCAGUUGACAUCCUUUGGGUUAUGUAGUUGACAACUACAAAUCUAUUUUAAUAUAAUAAUUUACAAUUUGAAGUCACAUUUUAAUAUUUUUGUAAAAGGCAACACAUUAUUAGUUUGUGAACAUUAACAUUAACUUUCCCCUUUCCUCACAACUUUUACCUACUAUGUUGCAAUCGAAAACAAACAAACAAACAACAAAAAUUGGACAUUCACAGAACAUUCACUUUCAGCAGGAGAAAUUAUUUAACAGUGCUUGUGAGAAACUUUUCAAUUGCAACAGCAAGAGAGAGGAAGGAUGACAAGGGCUUUCUCUCGGUCUCUCGGAAAGAGAGAGCAAAAGCGAGAGAGAACUUGGUGCUCCACGCGCGUCAUUGUUGCACCUUUAUGUUUGUUUUCGUGGGUGGCCCGCACUCGCUGGAGAGAGGGACGAAAGAGGAGCAAGGACGGGGAAAGGAGCGGAGCGCGGAAGAGAGGGAGCAAGAGAGACGGGGAGACGAUGGCGCAAACAAACAACAAUAGCGAUUCGAGUCGGCAGAAUGUCCAUGUAACCUCUGCAGAGGGUGUCGCUGAUGUCCCGAUGAUUAUGUUGAUGAAUAAGGAUAAUGCCGAUGUAGCCAGUGAACGAACAUCAAAGACUUUUUCGUCUCUCAGCCUCAUUACAAUCCUCGACGUAAGUAUCUUUCCUGGUUGCCUCUUCAUCAUCGGCAUCUGUAUCUGCAUCAUCAUCGCCAUCGCCAUCGCCAUCGCCAUCGUCAUCAUCAUCAUCAUGGGCAAUGUUGUCCUGGUCGUUCCCGUUCUCCUCCAUUGUUGUUCGUCGUGUGUCUCGUGCGUUGGUGAAAGUGUCAACUUGACAUUGCCUGGAGUGCACGCGCCACCGCUCUCUCUCACAAGCACAAGCACACACACGCACACCCACACACGUGUAUACAUGUAUUUGAGGGCUCUCCAUCGGACACACACACGCACACAGUGGCAGCUACAUCCUUACAAUCCGCUUGCGUCAAAUAUUUUGUUGGCCCGGGGCAAUUGUUGUUGCUCCUCGCUGACAAGCGAAUAUUGCUCGCAGCUGGGAAUUUUGCUCACGCCACAAAAAGGACUCACUUCCGCUCUCUCACUCUCUCUAGCUACCGCUAUUUGCCGCUCUAUCGUUUCUUGCGCUCUCGGCGCAAGCUCGGUGAAAGCAUUUCCCCUGGCUCCGAAGGAAAAGCGGCAGCGCAGUCGGCGGCGACAGAGGCUGCUGCCAUGGCAGCUUUAUCAGUGCCAUGAAAUGUUGUUCCCGGAAAAUAACCCAAAGGAAAUGCUGCACACACACACACACCCUCGCCAUGUGUGCGAGUGUAUGUGUGCAACCAGCAGCAGCAAUAACUGUGUACAUGUAAAUCCUGGUUUGUUUCAUUUGCCGAUUUGGAGCACCGUCCUCCGCAUCGCCCCGCGCAUCCGAUCCCCCCGCGCCGAAAAGCCCGCCGGCACUAACUUUGUACGCUUGAUGAUGAUAAUAAUGUUGCCCCUUGCCUGGCGCACUGAGAAAAAGUAUCAACCCAAUUGGUAAUCAAUCUGGUCGAGUCAUUCUUGAGCAAGACAUAUUUCUUAAUUGGAUGAUGAUUUUUUAAGGAACUCAUGAGGUUAUCACUCAAAUCAUAAAUAGCAUUCUUCAGCUAUGAGAGAAAUCUGUAAUAAUCUGUAGGGAAUGUGAUACAAAGUGCUUAAAGAAUUUUCAGAGUACUUUUGUUAAUUCUUCCCAUUUAUUUAAAAUUAUAUUUAACCUUCUGUCGGCUUGCUUCUUGUACAGAUUUCUUAUUAUGAUUACUGUAAUGAAAUUCUUAUGUCAAAAGAUGCUAUAAAUCAAAUCAAACUUUACACCAUCAAACCAUUUUAAAGUUAAAGACCUACGCAUAUGUCCUGUCUGAUUUUUCGCUGUGUAUCAAACGAACCGUGCCCAAGCCAAGUCAACCCAAUAGCAAUCCCAAUAGCAAACCCUAACCCAGACUCAAACUCAAACUCGACCCAGAACCCCAGCCCAUGCCAAUCCAAUCCAAUCGCACGGCCACACCAGACAUCGUCUAUGGAAAUUCGCAUGCCGAUUUUCGAGCGAUUGCAAUUGAUUUGUAAUGUAUUUCAUUGUUGUGCCAGUGUGUGUGUGUGUGUGUGUGCGACGGAGUGAUGGUGCUGGUGAGGGGGUAUGAAAUUUCUAUUGAUUAUUUCUAUUGCCUUUGUUCGCCGCUCGUCGCUUUGUUCGCCAUCUAAUGAUAGCUAUGGGGGCAUUAAAAAUGUCAUAUACAAUAGUUUUUGUUGGCAACUAACCGAAAGCGUAUAAAGCAGGACUUAAAGACCAGGAAGUGGACCAAGUGGCAGGUGCAUGGCCAGGGAUAAAUUGUAAACUUGGCCGCAUAACGCCGCCAGGACACGCAGCAAAUAUGGGAAACGGGAAAUAGGCAAUAGGCGGCAAUAGGAAAAUGGGAGCAGAGAGGCGGCUAUCAGCUGGGGAAUUGGCAUGUGUACAAGUCAAUUAUGGGUCAAAAUCCACACAGGAGUUGAGUUGACUGGAUGGAGUUUAGUCGAAUCGGGCUGGGUGGAGUGGCAAACACUCGAAGCUGACGCCAAUGCCGUUGCCUUUCUUAGCUUUUCUUUGCUUUUCGCUGCUUUUCCUCGCCUUUCUGCCACUGGUUUUCCUUCGCUUCAGCUUCAGAUUCGGCUUCUCAGCGCAGCUCAACGCACAUUUUUAUGAGUUCAUUCGCUGCGCUCCUUUUAAUACUCGCUUUAAGGACAACGCAGGGUAUAUGAGGUGUAUAACGACCACACAAUUUUUGCUAAUUCCAGGAACUAGGAGCGAUAGGGGCAACAAAGUUAGUAAUCUUGCACACUUAAAUCCUUUUCAUAUCCUUGGAAGCUCAGAAACAAGAACUGUAAGAAGCUGCUGCUCACAUUGUAUAACAUUUAU